AUGAAAGCCUUUACUAGUCUGCCAAAAAUACCCUCUGGGAGAGGCAGAGACAAAUCCAGCAUUCAGUGUUUUGAGUUUUUCGGUAAAAACCUCUAUAUUGGGACCAAAGAGGGAGCCGUGGAGCAUCUGACUGGAAAUAUAGUGAGCGGUGAAGGAAGUCUUGCUGUGCGGGAGGUGGAGAAGAGACAGAUGGGCUGAAGUGGAGCCAUCGGCCAGCUGACGACAGUCCCUAUUCUGAAUCAUCUCUCGGUGCUGUGGGACGCUUCUGUCACAGUGUUUAACACGUUCUCGCUUAAACCCAUUUCUACCCCGAGGAGAAUCCAGGACAUGUCACCUUUCUGCAUCCGCGAGUCAGCGGUGCAGAUGCGAUCUGUUUCUGUGAAGCUUUUCAUAGCCAACAGCCAAAAAAUUGCAGUGAACAUUUAUAAGGUGUGUGGGGACAGAUGGGAGUGUUUGAGACAGGUGGUUUUUUUCUCACAAAUCCGUGGCUCUGGCUGUGCAGGACUUGUCUGUGUGGCCACUUGUGACAGAUAGUUUCUCCAUGACUAUCAGAGCCAAACCACUCUCAACCUUUUCCCGUGGCCUGGGAAAACAAAAUAUCAAAGAGAAACAAAAUAUGGAAAAGGGGAAUUCAUUUCAAAUGGGCCAGGAUGUUUGGGCAUGUUUGUGAUGAAGAAAGGCACAUCUCAGCAUGCUCCUCUGUUCAUUCGCGCGAUUCGCGCCGCAACUUUCAGAUCAUGUAAAAGUCUCAAUUUCGAAAAAUGGACCCAUAAGACUGCUUUGUUGUCCAGGGACACAUAUGUGCUAGCUCUAAAACAUCAGACCGUUCAUAUCUACAGCAUGCUGGAGCAAACGGUUAGUAUACAAAGUGGCAAAUUUCUCGUCCUUACAAGAGGCAUUUUCGUUGUGGCUGAGAAAGAGAUUCAUCGCCUGUCACCGGUUCCCCUUGAGUAUCAAAUUCAAGAUCUAGUUAGCAGAGAGAGAGUUGAUGAAGCUCUUACACUGCUGGACGGAGUUCAAGAUUGAGGAUUAAGUACUGAACUGAUAUGUGAUCUCUAUGCCACUGGGAUGAUACAAUUCUACAGGACGGGUUCUGCGGAUGCAAAGGAGCUUUUCAUGUAAGUAUAAGUGAACCCAAGGGAAAUGAUUAGAUUUUAUCCAGACAUGCCUGUGGCGAGUUAAGAUUUCACACCUCAGACAACAGCAGUCAGCAAUGCCAAGGAUCUCUGGACCUUAAGACGAGACGACCGGCCAACAUUUCAGCAAUACCUCAACUUCUUGGACGACUUCUUGAGAGAAGUCAGGCCAACCGCUUAUGCCUAAACCUGUCUUCAGGAUAUCGACUCAGCGCUUUUAAAGCUGUUUUUGGAACAAGAGAAACUGGACCAGCUUGUGUCGUCUAAAAAUAACUGUAACCUUCCGAUGUGUGUGCCUGACCUGGAGCAGCGCAGAAGGAGAGAAAUAUUGAACCUGAAACUACAGCAAUUACGUUGGCAAUCUUCUGUUUAUAAUGCUGACAUCAUAUAUAAGUACAUAAAGUCCUCAAAUCUUCAUGUGGAGUAAGCUUUCUUGCUUGAAAAAUCUGGAAAACACAAAAAGGCACUGCAGGUUUUGGCCUAUAUAGAACAAGACCUGUAUUCGGCCGAAAGUGACUGUAGGAGGACCUCUGCUGGACAAGAUAAGGAUUUUACCCACCCUUUUUUUCUCACCCUCCUUCAGGUCUUCCUCGAGUCCACACAUCAAGUGAUCCCUGCGGUGGACCUGCUGGGCAAAAAUGCAGCGACUUUUGACUUAGUCAGCGUGCUGCGGCUUCUGCCGGGUUCAUGGUCUUUAAAGUUGGUGCUGUGGUUCCUGUGCGAUUCACUGAGAGGAACACUGCAUGAGAAGAGAAAAAGGGGUCUGGAGAGGAGCCUAGCCAAGGUGAAACACCUAAGAUAGAAGCAUGCCUCGGUGAACCGCUCUCGACUCGUGAAAAAAAUCUGAGUGGAUGGAGGUUGUGUUUGCAGCCACAGCCAGAAACGUCUCACGGGUCCGGAGUUCCUGCGAAGGCCAACGGGAGAGCUAACACACACAUCCUGUCAUGUUGGAGAAAGCAUUCAAUACAUAACAGAGAUGGUCUUAUUCACAUGUACACUUCAUACAUGUUCUUACAAUAUUUAAGGCACAGUUCACCCGAAAAUAAAAAUUAU